CGCAAGUAGUUAAGGUUGCUGAGAAGUGAGAAAUUACUCAGUACCUACGGGAAAGUUUUAUAUUUAUUACAACUGUAGUAAAUCGUAGAAAACGCGUCUCUUCAAAGUAAAUGCAUCUAAUGGACUGAAUUAUAAAAUACUGGUGAAAACAGUUAUAAUAAACAAUAAAGUGUGUGCCUUAUAAAACAAAAAGCUGUAAUCUCUUAUUAACCCAACGCCAUUUUGAGGCGAAAUUUUGUAUUAUAGUGGGUGCGGAGGAUGGGUCGCGGCGGCGGGAGUGCUCUAAUUAACUGACGGACACUGCCAGUUCACAGCUGGCGCAAGCAACAAUUGAAUGUACAGACAGACAGAUGCCAAGAACAAAAUGCCUCGUCCAGGCAGUUUAAAGGACCCAGACAUAGCCGAGCUAUUCAAUAAACAUGAUCCAGAAAAGAUCUUUGAAGACCUCCGUGAGAUCGGUCAUGGAUCUUUCGGAGCGGUCUAUUAUGCUCGGUGCAAUCUCACCAAAGAGAUUGUCGCCAUCAAAAAGAUGUCUUAUUUGGGGAAACAGAGCGAGGAGAAGUGGCAAGAUAUCUUGAAAGAGAUUAAAUUUUUGAAGCAACUUGAACAUCCAAACACUAUAGAAUACAAGGGAUGCUACAAACGAGAGCAUACAGCAUGGCUGGUAAUGGAGUAUUGUGUCGGCUCUGCAUCUGAUAUAAUAGAGGUACACAAGCGGCCCUUGCGCGAGGAGGAGAUAGCGGCGAUAUGCGAGGGCGUGGUGUGCGGGCUGUCGUACCUGCACAGCUUGGGCCGGAUCCACCGGGACAUCAAGGCGGGGAACAUCCUGCUCACCGAGAACGGCAUCGUGAAGCUAGCGGACUUCGGCUCGGCGAGCAUCAAGUGCCCGGCCAACAGCUUCGUCGGCACACCGUAUUGGAUGGCCCCGGAGGUCAUUCUGGCGAUGGACGAGGGACAGUAUGAUGGGAAGGUGGAUGUCUGGUCCCUGGGUAUAACCUGUAUCGAGCUCGCCGAAAGAAAACCACCAUAUUUUAACAUGAACGCCAUGUCAGCUCUCUACCACAUUGCUCAAAAUGACUCACCUACAUUAUCGGCACCGGAAUGGACGGACACGUUCCGUUACUUCGUCGAGGCGUGUCUACAGAAGAACCCGGCGGACCGGCCGUCGUCGACGAAGCUGCUGUCGCAUCCUUUCGUAACGAGGCCGCGGUCCGUCAACGUGCUGGUCGACCUCAUCCAGAGGACGAAGGCGGCGGUGCGUGACCUCGACAACCUCAACUACCGGAAGAUGAAGAAGAUACUGAUGGUCGACGGCGAUAAUGAGAGUGCUAUUGGGGACAGCGAGGAGGCGGCCGAGGAGCCGCUGGGCGGGGACAGCUCCAAGUCGAACUCCGCCACGUCCGAGCACAGCCAGCACAGCGUCGCCGCCGCCUCCAGCCAGAGCUCCUCUUCUGGCAGCCUGCGACGACGACAUCACAAUGUUAAUGCUAAUCAUCAGAACCAACAGCAGCCUCUAUAUCAACAGUAUAACCACCAACCACUACCCUCAAGAGCUGGCAAGCGAUGGCUAAACUUAUGUUGCUGUUUACGCAGAGAGAGCGACAGCCCUCUGGCGGGCUCGCACGACGACUACGUGAACCGGGACGCGCUCCGCGACUACGCGAACCGCGACUCGCUGUGCGAGAACUACGGCGACGAUUACGCGAACAGCGAUGCGAUCCGCGAGGCGCAGCGCGAGCGCGAGCGGCACGCCAGCGAGUACCGCGAGUACGUGAACGCGCCGCCCGCGCCGCACCCCCCGCCGCCCUGGGCCGACGCCGACGACAACCGCAACACGCAGCGUCGACAGGGUGUUAGCAAUAAUGUCUCCGCUGCGAUAUCUCUGGUGUCUGAGCAUGGUGCAAACAACUUUGCGACUAUUCGGACUACUAUGAUUGUUACCAAACAACAAAAGGAACACAAUCAGGAGAUGCACGAGCAGAUGUCGGGGUACAAGCGCAUGCGGCGCGAGCACCAGGCGGCGCUGCUGAAGCUGGAGGAGCGGUGCAAGGCGGACGUGGAGGCGCAUAAGGCGCAGCUCGACCGCGAGUACGACGCGCUACUGCAGCAGCUGUCGCGAGAGCUCGAGCGCCUGCAGACGAAACAUGCCCAAGAACUCGAAAGAAAACAAAAGCAUAACGCUGCGGCCGAGAAGAAGCUCAUUAAGGAUAUAACGGCGCGUCAGGAGCAGGAGCGGAAGACGUUCGAGGCGCAGCGCAAACGCGAAUAUAAGGCGAACAAGGAACGAUGGAAAAAGGAACUCAGUAUGGACGAUGCCACACCUAAGCGUCAACGAGAUGCAACGUUACAGUCCCAGAAGGAUAACAUGAAACAAGCGGAGGCGGACGAGGAGAAGCGGCUGAUCGGCAACCAGCGGAAGUACCUGCAGCUGGAGCUGCGCCGGUUCAGCCGACACCGCAUGCUCGCCGUCCACCACAAGGAGCAAGAGCUGCUUAGAGAGGAGUUGAACAAGCGGCAGCAGCAGUUGGAGCAGGCGCACGCGAUGCUGCUGCGGCAUCACGAGAAGACGCAGGAGCUCGAGUACCGACAGCAGAAGGGCGUGCACGCGCUCAGGGAGGAGCAGCUGUCGAACCAGCACGCGACGGAGCUGGCCAACCAGCGCGACUACAUGCAGCGCGCCGAGCACGAGCUGCGCAAGAAACACGCGCUCGAGCUCAAGCAGCAGCCCAAGAGCUUGAAGCAAAAAGAGAUGCAGAUUCGUAAGCAGUUCCGAGAUACGUGCAAGACACAGACUCGCCAGUACAAAGCAUUGAAAGCACAAAUUCUACAGUCAACACCAAAAGAACGACAAAAGGAAGUAAUAAAGACGCUGAAAGAUGAGAAACGUCGUAAGUUGGUGUUACUAGGGGAGCAGUACGACCAGAGUAUAAGUGAGAUGCUACAGAAGCAGACGGUGCGACUCGACGAAAGUCAAAUGAUGGAGUGCCAGCAGCUGAAGAUGCAGCUGGAGCACGAGCUGGACAUGCUGACGGCGUACCAGAGCAAGAGCAAGAUGCAGGCGGAGGCGCAGCGCAACCGCGAGCGCCGCGAACUCGAGGAGCGGGUCGCUGUGCGCCGGGCGCUACUCGAACAGAAGAUGGAGUCGGAGUGUGCACAGUUCGUGGCAGAGCGCGCGGAGCGGACGCGGCUGCUGCACGAGCGCCACGAGCGAGAGCUCGAGCAGUUCGACAGCGAGAGCGCGCGUCUCGGCUUCAGUGCGAUGGCGAUAGCGGAGCUGUCGCGCGAGGGCUACGGCGACGAGGAGCAGUCGCUGUCCGGCUCGAUGCUGUCGCUCGCCCACUCCAACUCCUCCGCAAGCUUUCCCGCCGGCUCUCUGUAACCACACACACACAUACACAUACACACCACACCACACAACACAACAGGCACGCGCGUGCGCGCAUGCCUACACACACACAAGUAUGACUCGUUCAGAUAAAGUAUAAUCGUUGCCGUAUUUUUUUUUGCUCGCACCUUCCUGUGAAUACCACCUAUAUAAUAGGUCUAAAGUAAUCCAGUUUUCCUUUACUGAACGAGUUAUACAAAUACACACACAUUCGAACACAUACACUAUAAAGAUACACACACGUUCAUGAGUAUAGUAUAUGAUAUUUCCGUCUAUAUUUAAAGUACACGCGCAAUUUUUCUCUAUAAUGCCAGAUACGAUGUAAAGGUUAUUUUGUACUACCGGGACUCGCAUUAUCGCCAGUUUUUAUCUCCAUUGUUGACGUUCUCAUUUAGACAUGUAAUAAUUUAUGAUAAAAGCUUCCUAGUA